AUGGCGUCCGCAGACUCAUCGGUCGGCUUGGCAACCAUUGACUCUCUCGAGUUGUUGGGCGACAACUCGGCCGCCAACUGGCACUCUUAUGCCCACUCCGUCGAGGUGUUGCUCUUCUCGGUUGUCGUCAGUGGAUACACCCUCCGUUCCGUCGUGUUCCAGGAGGAAGGCGGACUCCAGCCCGUCGCCCCUUCCCCUCCCACCGGACCUCCUCCUGACGAGCCCAGACCUGAGCCCGAACCUUCUGGUGAUCCUCCCACCUUCGCGCCGGAUGUCAACAAUCCUCAGAGCAUGGAAACUGCCAUCCGUACCUACCGCACCGCACUCAACGACCACCUUCGCCGUCAACUGCGCUAUGAGGACGACAAGCGCGCCUACGACGAGGCUGCUGCCCGCCACCGCGAUUACCAAGCCCGGCUCACCACGUACACUACACCAGCAGCAGCAGCAGCAGCAGCAGCACCAGUACCAGCAGCAGCAGCAGCAGCAGCAACAGCAGCAGAGUGCCCACCAGCAGGGACCGCAGCAGUAUGGGCAGCAGCUCCAGCAGCUCCAGCAGCAGCUUCAGCAGCUCCAGCAGCAGCUCGACCUCCAGCCCCAACUUCCUCUCCUCCCUCCUCCUCCUGUCCCCCAGCAGCAGCCGUUUCCCAGCUGGACCGCCGGGAAUGCGGCCUCCGCGGCCCACCUCUCCGGUCCAUCCCCUGCGCCGUCGCUUCCUCGCCCGUAUUCCCUACUGUCCCCGCUCCCGUCUAUACACCCUUCGGGUUCCUCGCCCCCUCACCUUCCACGUUGCCUCCCCCCCCCCCCCUCCUCCCCCCCCCUCCUCCCCUCCCCUCCACUAACCCACCCGUCCCCCCCCGCCCCCCUGACUCUGACUGCUCAUGUCGCUCCCUCUCCCACCCUGCCAUCCUCCUCCAUCACAGGCUAGGUCACCCCAACUUCGCCACUCUGCGCUCCUCUGUAUCCUCCGGUCUCCUCCACGGUCUCCCCUCCUCCCUCCCUCCCCUCCCAAAGUCCCCUGCCCCCCCUUGCGUCGUCUGCGUUCAGAGCAAGCUCAAGCAGCAGCCGCACCGGAGCUCCCACUCCGCUGUUGCCCAGCCACUUGAUCUUGUUCACAUGGACCUCUGGGGCCCUAACCCUUCCCCCACUCGCCAAGGCCAUCGCUACAUUCUCGUGCUCGUCGAUGACCACAGUCGGUACUCGUCCGUCUCUCUCCUUCGGACGAAAGCGGACGCCCCGACCGCGAUCAUUGCAUGGCUCGAACAAGCCAGCACCCAUUUUGGGCGCCCUGUUCGCCGCCUUCACUCUGAUGGUGGUGGUGAGUUCCUUAAUACCCAAAUUUCCUCCUACUGCCAGUCCCGCGGCAUUCUCCAGACUCACACCCUCCCUCACUCCCCACAGCAGAACGGUGUCGCUGAGAGCCGUGUUCGGGAGAUCACCAAAACGGCUCGGUGUCUUCUUGUCCACGCCUCAUGCCCCCCUUCUCUGUGGGGCUACGCCCUCCUUCAUGCCGCCCUUCUUACUAACCUUUACCCUCACCCCCUCCUCCCCUCCACCACCCCCACUGAGCUAUGGACAAAGGACAAACCCGAUGUCUCCCCUCUUCGAGUCUGGGGCUCUAAGGCAUAUGUCCUCAUUCACCCGUCUGACCGAUCCCGCUCCCUUGGAAAGCUUGCCCCUCGUACCCUUCCUUGCGUCUUCCUUGGUCAUAACCCCUCCUCCCCCGACUAUCUUUUCCUCCACCCCCCUUCCGGUCGACUAAUUCGCAGCAGAGAUGUCGUCUUUGACGAAUCCACCCCCUAUUAUUCCUCUCCUCCAUCCACUGACCCACUCCCACCUCUGACUCGUCCCCUUGUCUGGUCUGACACCACCCCUCCCCCUCUCCUCCCUCCUCCCCCCAUCCUCCCACCCCCUCCCCCUCCGCCCUCCCAGUCCCACGGUGCCCCUCCCUCGUCUGGUGACAUCUUUGAUCUGGACCCUCUAUCCUCCCCUGUCUCCCCCGCCCACUCCUCCCCCGGCGCCCCUCCCCCUCCCUCCCAACCCUCACCUCCCUCCCCCACUCCCCGCACCAUACUCACUCGGUAUCCUCACACCAGGUCACGUGACAGUAUCCUUGGUGCACCGCCCCCUGUUACCCUCUCUACCUCUUCCCUUCCCCCUCUUUCUCCCCUCCUUCACCACUUCUUCCAGGCUGUCUUACAUCAAGCCCCUCAUGCACCAGCCCCCUCAACCACCUCUCCAUCAUCGGCAGCAGCAGCUCCAGCAGCAACCACUGCAGCGGCACCAGCAGCGGCAGGUGCAGCAGCAGCAGCGGCACCAGCAGCGGCACCAGCAGCGGCACCAGCAGCGGCACCAGCAGCGGCACCAGCAGCGGCACCAGCAGCAGCACCAGCAGCGGCAGCAGCGGCCUCCGCAGCAGCACCAGCAGCGGCACCAACAACGGCACCAGCAGCAGCACGAGCAGCGGCACCAGCGGUCAUCCGCGCCUUCCACACCUCCCUCUCUGAGGACUCCCAUGAGGAGUUCCUUGACCUCCACCUUUCCGACCCCUCCCUCCUCCCCAUCACCUUUGACCUGUCUGGAACACCAGUCUUCGCCUUUUCCUCUGCUCCCUCCAUCUUCGUCCCAACCACGUACGAGGAGGCCAUGGCUUGCCCCGACGCCCCGCUCUGGCUUGCCGCCAUCAUCAAGGAGCUCGAGGCAUUUAUCGCCAACUCCUCCUUCGUUGAUGUGCCUCGCCCUCCCUCCUCUACGAACGUGGUAAAGGGGAAGUGGGUGUUUCGCGUCAAGCAGCUACCAGGAGAGCCGCCCGUCUACAAGGCCCGGUAUUGCGCCAAGGGCUUCACGCAGCGGUAUGGUUUUGACUUCUUCGACACCUUCUCCCCCACCGCCAAACCUGCUACCGUUCGCGCUGUACUCGACCUCGCCGCUCGCCUCAACAUGGAGAUCCACUCGAUGGAUGUCUCCAACGCCUUCCUCCAAGGCGUCCUACGUGAACUGAUCUACAUGGAGCGCCCAGACGGCUUCCACCUCCCCUUCCCCGCCGACUCCGUCUGGCAGCUGCGCCGACCCGUGUACGGGCUCCGUCAGGCACCCAGGGAGUGGCAUGCCAAGCUCGCCGCCACCCUUGCUGAGCUUGGCUUUCGCACCUCCCGCUCUGACGCCAGCCUCUUCCUCCGCACCUCCCCCUCCCCCUUCUACAUCCUCGUCUAUGUUGACGACAUGAUCCUCCUCACCGCCGACCUUGCCGAGCUCGAGACUGUCAAGGCGGAGCUGGGCAGCCGUCUCAAGUGCAAAGACCUGGGAGAGCUGCAGAACUACCUCGGCAUGACCAUCACUCGCGACCGCUCCGCCCGCACCAUCUCACUCUCUCAGGGUCACUACCUCCAGCAGGUCUUGGACCGGUUUGACAUGGCGCGCGGCAACCCCCAGCCCACUCCCCUCUCGGUUGGGCACCACCUCUCCCCACCCUCCUCUCCCUCUCCCUCCUCCCAUCCUUAUCCGGAACUCAUCGGCUCUCUCAUGUACGCCAUGGUUUCCACUCGCCCUGACCUUGCCUACCCCAUCAGCGUCCUCGCUCGGUUCGUUGGCGCUGGCAAGCACACGGAAGAGCACUGGCAGGCCGCCAAGCGUGUCCUUCGCUACAUUCGUGGCACCAAGGACUAUGUCCUCACUCUUGGCGGCCCUUCCCCACCACUCCUCAACGGCUACAGCGACUCUUCCUGGGCUGAUUCUCGACCGGAUCGGCGGUCCUCUCAGGGUUAUGGCUUCUCCCUGGGCAUCGGUCUCAUCAGCUGGCGGUCCACACGCUCCUCUGCCGUCGCCCUCUCCUCCUGCGAAGCAGAGCUCUACGCUGCGACCAUGGCCGCGCAAGAAGCACGCUGGCUCACCUUCCUCCUUGAUGAGCUAGGAGCCCCCCAACGCUGUCCCACCAUCUGGUGUGACAACGCCAGCACCAUCCACCUCACCAAGGACGCUGUGUAUCAUGGGCGCUCAAAACACAUUGAGCUUCGCUACUUCUUCAUUCGCGAUCUCGUUGAGGCCGGCCACAUUCGUCUUGGCAAAAUCGACUCGGCAGCCAACCUCGCCGACAUCUUCACCAAAGCUCUUCCCCAAGCGUCCCACUCCUUCCUGUUGCGUCUCCUUGGGCUCACCCCGCCACCAGUUUUGGCGGCCUCCUGA